AUGGCCAAACUGCGAGGGUGGCGCGGCCCCCGUCGAGGCACUGCCGUGGCUCGAUUGCAUGGACUUGCCGAGUUGCUGGGUUCGAUUCAGCCGGUCCAGGCGCAGCCUUACCUUGGCUUGAUGGAGGUGGGCCAGUCGGUGCGGUUGCCCGUCGUGCGAUUCUUCUAUUUUGGACAAACUUUCGAAUCCGAGCGCCACACACGUGACGGUUCGCUGCAGCGCAUGACCGUGCCGUGGGUGCUGUUGCUGGCUGCGGGCGUCGCAUUCGGUCAAAAAUGCAAGCUCUCGACGACCAUCACCAAGGCGCCAGGCGUCUUGGUCGAUCGAAUGCCGCAGACCCAAGGCACGUACGAGCCAUCGACGGACUGCCACUGGAAGAUCUCGACGGCGAGCCCAAACAAAGUCGUCCAGCUCGACGUGGACAUCGUCGACUUGACCAUGGACGUAUACAACGACGUGCUGCUCAUCAACUUGGGCGUCGACGCUGCCGUGCCCCAAGGAUGGAGUCGGUACAGUCGCAACACGGACAUCAUGGGCCAGGACAACGUUGGAGCAUUUGAUUACACGUCGACCAUUCCAGGGAGCUGCACAUCCGUUCAGGGAAGUUCGUUUGACCCGAUGACGUGCAGCCUCACGGACGGAUCCCUCUUGACCGAUCGACGCCGCGACGGGUCGUGGAUUUACUUUACUGGAACGGGCGACGGCAUCGUCCCGUUCACGUUGGUGUCGAUGGCGCCGGACGUGUUUAUCGUGUUCCGAUCGUUUGCCAAGAUGAACUCGGUGAAUGACGGGAAUACCGGCGUGUCUGGCGUGCGGAUCUCGUACUCGUUUGUGAGCGCGUACUGCGAUGGCGUGACGGUGCUGACCCCGCGCUUGGAAGCGACCGACGCAAACAGUGUGUCGAUGGAGAUGCAGAUCAAGGACAACAUGGCUGGAACGACCAAGCCCAACAUGAACUGUUCGUGGUUGCUUCAACCGUUCCGCGACGGCGCGGCGCGGGUGCCAUUUGACUCGAUCUGGCUCGACUUUCGAACGUUCGACCUCAAGGGCGGGGCCAUCGUGUCCAUGUACGACGGCACGUCGGCGAAUGCGCCGCUCUUGGCGCAAUUCAUUGAAACGAAUGGUCCGCAGGACACGAUCAAAACGCCGCGGGCGCACGUGUACAUCACGUACUUCACGGACCACGGGCCGCCGUCCGCGGGCUUUACGCUCGGGUGGAAGGCAUCGUACUGCCCGAAUGCGUGCAGCGGACCAAGCCAUGGCACGUGCGUCCUGGGGUCGUGCGACUGCAACAAAGGAUGGGAUGGCAACGCAUGCAACAUUCCAGAAGGAUGGCUCUGCGCCGCGUCGCAUUACGAUUCCAACGACGGCUGCGACUGCGGCUGCGGCCUCUUCGACCCUGACUGUGGGUCGUUGAACCCGGCCUUGAUGACGUGCACACGGACCAAGGCGUCGUCGUCGGUGGUGGCGUACGACGGCGCGGCAGGACGGCUCUUUAGCGGGGACUGCGCUUAUUGUCCGCUUCCACCCGCCAUCACUGUCCAACCACAGCUUCCCAACGUGGACUGGGAUGGGAACGCGCUCGAGCAGUCGUGCCCCGAUGUGUUCCAGUGCCCCCACGGCACUCAAUGCAGCCCUACGGGCAUGUGCACGAAAGUCGCCGACGCUGCGCCGCCCGACAUUUCGAUUCGCAGACAAUGCACAUCGUCCACAGACUGCCCGGACGCUACCGUCUGCAACGCCCAACACAUUUGCGAAGCGCCGGCAAAUUACGCGCUCCGAUUGACGAGUGCAACGACUGCGACGGUCUGCUCGAUCUACGGCAUCCCGUCGACCCCAGACUUCACCGUCGAGCUGCGCCUCCAAGUGCUCUCGCCUCCCGUAGGCAACGACAUCCUGGUCAAGCACCCGGAUCUCGCCAUCAAGCGGUCCUCUGGACUGACCAUCACAGUGGGCAUGUCCCCGCCGUGGAUCACGGCCGUGAAUGUCGCGGAUGGCAAUUGGCACUCGAUUGUGUGGGUGUGGGCGAAUGCCGCAGGCACCAUGUCGGUGUACGAGAUGUCGGCGACAAACGACGCCAUGCUGGUCGCGAGCACGACAAGCAUAUCGCCGAACGUGCCGUUGUCGGCAAACCAAAACGUGACGCUCGGGCCCAUGGACGGAGCGAUCUCGUUCAUGCGAAUGUGGACAGAGGUGCGUCCCGUUGCAACGUUUUUCCAGCCAUCCCCCGACCGACUGCAUCUUCUUGCCGAGUACCGAUUCAUGGAAGGAUCGAGUCGCGACUUGUCCGCCAACCAAAACGAUAUGGCGACACCGACCCUGUCGUUUGGGGCGUAUCCUCCAAAGCCGUACGAUUGCGUGGCGUCGCCGUUUACCAUCCCAAACGGGCUCGCCGUCGGCGCCGUCGUCGCCGUCACCGCAACUUCAACGAGACCGUGGAGAAUUGGAGUCUUCAACGCGGGGAACGUGAGAGUCUUGGCAGUGACCGGGUCGACCAACUUGGUCGACAUCGCCGUGGACGGCGCGUCGGUCGCAACGAUCGCCGUGGCGGACGUCACAGCCAAGGCACUCUUGAUUCGACUGCACCGAACGUCGAGCACCGAGAUCGAAGUGUGUGUAAACGAUGUGGCAUGCAAGACGAUCGCGGCGCCGUCGACAGCCAUGGCGUAUGUGGCUGUGAAUACCGCUCCUUACGCCGGGCCUUCGGCUGGCCUGCAGUCACCGUGCCUCGUUCACGUCGAAUCGCUGGCGGCGUUGGCGCCGAUCGUGUCUGUCCCGACGAAGACGGUCGAUGGCGCUGACUGCGACUUUCCGUUUGCGAUCUCGUCUCGAAGCUGCAACGCGUUUUCCACGUACUUGGCGACGAAAGCAUACACAGCAACGGCCUUUGUCCCGCUUGCUAAAGCGUACGCCGUCGGCCACCACUUGGACAGCGCCGACGAAGAGUGCCAGUGCGACGACAUGCCGACGUGGUCCACCAACUUUAAAAUUAGCCAAGUCGACUCGGCUACCCCCACCACGAUCGUCGCCACCGUCGACUACAUCAAGAUCAAGACACGAAUCAACGACCCGGGAGGAGGCGGCAUCCAGUGUGGCGCGACUUGCUACAUGCUGGAAGUUCCUGGCCAUCGGCGCUUGGCCGGUGGCCCACCGGGACCACCCCCGACCUCUGCAACGCCACCUCCACCACCACCCCCCGGUCCAACUCCAGCCUCCGUGCCAGUAUACGAUUCCGGCACCCUCGCCAGGAUGUACAACGUCAAGCGUGACUUUGUCUUUGUCGACAACGCUGGCUCGUGGUCCGUGCAGUCCGCGACGGCCGACGGCAUUGUGAGCUCAACCAACUGCCUCAUCACGGGCCCCGAUGCAUCGCAGGUCGUCGAGUCCCUCACGUCGUUCAGCUGCCAAACACUAGGGGACACCACCAUGGACGCGCCGUCCCUUCCGUACUGCAUCCUCCACAACGCCAAGAAAACGUGUCAAAGCGACUACGACGGAUGCUCUCUCACGAACGGCGCAGCUACGAUGACAUCGCUCGAUGGAUCGUUUAGCGACAACUACAAAGGCAGCAUCACGACAGGCGUGCACGUGUGUGCAUUUCACGUCCAGCCCGCCGUUCCCGAGCCUCUUCGGCAAUAUGCCAACGUGUCGUACACGAUCCAAACGGCCGAACUGUCCGCCAGCGACGAGCUUCAAGUCACGGACAGCGCGGGGCGGCCGCUCGGCCCCGCCAUCUCUGGCCCUGUCGCCUUCGCGUAG